GCUCAUGGAACACGAGGAUGAUCCUGAAGUUGACGAAGCAAUUUCUACUGAAGCAGAAAAAGCAGAGAGUGCAGAGACCACAGAGACAACAGAGACCACAGAGAACAUAGAAAACACAGAGAACAUGGAUACCGGCCCAGUGAGAACUAGUCUAACAGAAGAGGAGAAAGAGAAACAAACGAGGAGGAUGAUGGAACUAAUUGCUCAGAAACAGCAGGAGAGAGAGGAACGUGAGAAGAAGGAGAGGGUUGAGCAGGAGAAACAGAGGCGAAAACAAGGUCAGGAGCUGUCAGCGAUCAAACAGAGGAUGCAAGAACAAGAGAUGCAGAAAGCCGUUGAGGAUAGGAGGCGAGAAAAGCAAGAAGAACGGAUGGCCAGGGAACGUGUAAAGGAGAAAAUUGCACGGGAUAAAGCAGAGCGAGCAAGGCGGUUUGGUGGCUCAUCAGUAGAUCCAGUGUCCCCUCCAGCAGAGACCUCCACUCCAGUUCAGAUUCCUUCUCCGUCAUCCACCUCACAGGAACCGCCUGUUAAGAAGGAAUAUGACCAGUGCCGUAUACAGGUGCGGCUUCUUGAUGGUUCCGUUCUGACGCAGACAUUCAGAGCCCGAGAACAGUUGGCUGCUGUCCGUUUAUACGUAGAGCUGAACUGGCCAGGAGGUGAAGCCGGACCCUUUAACCUCCUGACCAGCUUCCCACGGAGGGUCUUCACAGAGGACGACAUGGAGCAGCCAUUACAGGAGCUGGGUUUAGUGCCUUCAGCUGUCUUGAUAGUUGCUCGAAAAUAAGACACCAGCACUGUUCCCAAAAACUCUACCAGCUGUAGACGAAGAAGCCAGAAAACCAGAAUGAUAAUGACCUCGCUCAUCCGUGAUGAUCACAAACCGUCUGCAUUCUCCUUAACAUCUCAAUGUGUGUUGUCUGAAUUAGCGUGUGUACUUGCAAGGGGAAAUAAACCAGUCUGAAAUAUUA